GUCAAAACAAAGGGAAACUAUCUUGGAUGACUGUACACAUAGACACCAAAAUAUGUAGUAAAAUAUUGAUUACUCAUCUGUUUGAUUGACUAAGCUCCAACAAGAGAAUAAUUAAAAAUGAUGGCCACAAUGGACCUCGGUGCUCAGGGAGUGGAUGAAGAGGUUACUGAGCUUGCAGAACACAUAAAGGAGCGUAUCUGGCAGGACCCACUGGCGGCAGACCUCCAAUGGAGCCUGUUUCUUGCUGCUCUGUGUAACUACAGAUACGACACUGUCCUUCGGCCAUUCCCUCCCAUGUUCAUCAACAAUGAUGAGAAAGAUGUACAGUCAUUGCGUAAGAUGGUAUCAGAGGUUCCUGCUCUGUCUCGGCUGAGCAGAGAGUGCCACAAGUUGCCCAACAAGCAGCUGGAGCUGAUUAAGUGGGUCCUUGAUGCCCGAACAUUUGUUCUCAACAAUGUCGGCUCAUCUAAGUUUUCAGACAUUAAGAAGUUAACUGGACAUUUGUUCAAAGUGCCCAAACCAAACUUCAUAUUUGAGGUUCAGCCGAGUGCAGUGGCUGAUGAGAGAUUUGAACAGAUAAGGGAUGGACGGGGCCUCAUGUAUGCCUACCACGGCAGCCGACUAGAAAACUUCUUCUCUAUUCUACACAAUGGCCUGGCUCUGCACAUGAAUAAGAUGUCUGUAUUUGGUGAGGGUACGUACCUUUCCAGUGAGUUGUCUGUGUCCCUUAUCUACAGUCCGCAGGGGGGCGGCUGGGACCACAGUGAGCUGGGAAACAGCUUAAGUUGUGUAGCCGUCUGUGAGAUGAUAGAUGCUCCUUCAGUCAAGUGCCAAGAUAAACCGUACACCACAGAAAAGGGAAGUUCAGUGGUAGCUGCGCGUGCUCGAGCCAAUGCUGGCCCCAGUGAGGGUGGGGAUGUCCCGGAAAAAUACUAUGUCGUACAAAACAACGAGGUUAUGAGGGUCAAGUAUCUCCUUGUGUAUGGACAGAAGACUGCUUCACACAAGUCGAGUUCAUUGAGCCGUAAGUCGUGGUUGAUUGAGCACAGGUUUCUGCUGAUGAUGGUUGGGUACAUGGUCAUUUUGUGUGCCGUGGGCCUUGCAAACUCCCACACUUUGAAGGUGUACUGGAGACGACUGUGGAAGGUUGUAUGAUAUGGCUGCUGGAUGUGUCCCCAGAGGGAUUGGGUGGGGGGGGGGCGGUGCAUAGACCUUUGUUACUGUGGGAGUGGAUCUGUGUCAGUCUAUGGUAUUUCAAUCUAGCAGUGUUUAUUGAAAUUACAAUUGUUGUGAUAUUUUUGUUUUGUGUAGGGUUUAAUUGACCUUAACCAAUCAAGUUCAUGCCAUAGUCUUGAUAUAAAAUAAUUAAAAGAAGAAGAAUGCUGUUUUAUUCAUAACCAAUCAGGUAUGUUGUCUUUAUGCUGUGUACACUACUCUCAGAUCCAUGAUAAUGUGAAGAUGUUUAUUUCUAGUUGAAAUUAUUUGUAAAUGGCCCAUGGCAAAUUUGGCAAUAUGCCAAUAAUUGAUGAAAACUGACACUCAAUUAGGAUCUAAAAACACACCAGAGUGUACAUAAUAUUUUACUCGGUAUGUGUUUUUUUUCAGAUGUCUAGACACACCUAUUUGUGGUAAGAAUAGUUUAGCUGUGCAAUUUUCUUAACUGUUCUGUACUUUUAGAAGAUGCAUAUUAUUUUUCCUUCAGUUGUUACAUGUCUGAAAACAGAUAGACGAAGACAAAACUAAUUCUGAAUGGCCUUUGUUUAGAACUGUCCUGGGACCGGUUUCUCAAAACUACUUAAGUCUGUUAUAACAGGAUUUAGCUAAGCUCACUAUUUUUGUUCUUCUACGAUUUGUGAAAUAUUUACUUUUUUAUUUAUUUUAUGACUGUUUAUUAAAGUUAUCUGUCUGGUAAUCGUGUAAAACUUAGUUUUAUUUAUCAAAAUAAGGUUAAAAGUAAAAAUUUUGCUACACAAAAAAGCCACUUAAGUCUGUUAGGCUAAGGAAUUUUCGUGAAAUCAGGGGCUUAUCUGAGAGGUAACUAUGGUUACCAGAGGGCACAGUUUAGUGAAAAUCCACAUGAUAUAAUUAUAUAUUGUUGUAAAGCAUUGGUUCUAGGAAAUGAUAAGAACAGCAGAUGCUCAUUCUUUGCACAUGUUCAUAGUGAAAAAGUUCCAUUUGAAAUCCAUUAAUGUUAUAAUGAUUUACUGGCUUUUAAAAAAGUCUACUAUCGUAUAUUUGUAUUUGUUUGUAUUGAUAUACUGAUGUGCCUUAUUUGUGACAUGCACCUUGUGCUCCUGUGAUGGCUUCUCUCUGAAAUCCAUGUUAUCUCCAAAAUGUAUAUUUAUACAUUCCCUUUCGUUUAUUUUUAAAUUAUGUGCAAUUUUGAUGACACAAUCAUAUACUGGGCUUGUACAAGAUGUUGUGAAUCAUAUUGAUGUAUUUUGAUAACUAGGUGAGAUUCAUACACAGAUACUGUAGAUUCAAGGUUUUUCGUAAUUUCUCACUUGUUAUUCAAUAUAUUUCGAUUUGUUUGGAGGAAAUCUGUAUAUCUCAAUCUUACUGUAGAUACAAUACUACAGGAUUGUCGAGAUAUGGUUUGCAAUAUAUAUGUUUUUUGAGAAUUUCCACACAAAAUUUUAUUUGUUGCUGAAAAUCCUUACUAAGAUAUCUUCAAAGUUGUCAGACAAUUGAUCUGUCCAAUUAUAAAAAAUACAUCAAUUUUACCAUUCAGAAUGGAGGCUUGAUUUACAUUGGGAAAUUCCAUAUCAACUUUUAUAUCUAUGAAUUGGUUCUGGAAAUGUCAUAUAAAGCAAUGUCAGGUUUAACAUAUUUCAGCAAUUUUUAUAACAUUUAAAUGAAAAAAAAUCACUAAAAACCUUGGUUACUACUGUAUGGGAAACACCUCUACAAUUACAAUAUAUACAUGCUUGCAGCUGAAAUAAGUACACUGUAUUGCAGGAGACAGUGCAGGGUAAUCGGAUCCCCAUUUAAAUGUGGUAUAUUAUACACUGUAACAUGAAUUUCCCUAAAAAAAACUGGAAAAAAAAACUUUUUGCUGUUAAUAAACUUCAUAUUUUGUAUCAAUGGUAUCAUUUUCAUGGUGCGAUGUCAUUUGCAGACGAAGGUUUGUAUAACUGGUAUCUGAGGUCUUGUUAUUAGAAAAUAUAAAAACCCAUGUCCAAUGUUUCUUGUGCAACAUGCUGUGUUUUACUGUAUUAUAAUGUAACAGAUAGUCAAGCUGUUGUUUGCAAAUUGUCAUUUCAUAUUCAUAAUAUCCAUAUAUGUAUAAAGAUUUCAGUAUGUCAGCAAUUGUCAACAAAGGUAGUUAUUUUUCUCAAUCAAUGAUUUGCUAUAACCAUCCUUCAACUUUAAUUGAUGCUUCCAAUUUGUUUUAAUAGAACUUUUCAUUUGGUUUAUUUCAUGAAAAUGUUCAAACAACAUAUAUUACAAUAUAAAUAUUUGCUUUGAAGCUAUUUAAAACACUUACAAAGAUCAUCUUUGGCAUCAAACAUUUAUACUUAUUAUCUGGUUGUCUUUUAAUUUCAAAUUAUUUGCUUGCCCCAAGAAAACUACUUCAUUAAAAAGUUAUGAAUUUCUUAAAUAACCACUGCGUUUUUUUUAAGCUCUGUAAAUUUAAUUAGUUAUGCAAAGACAUCCAAUUAUCUUUCCAUCAUUUUGUUAUUUUUACAUCAUGCACAUAUUACAUAUAUCGCUACAAACAUGCUUCAUUCACUGCUAUACAUCGCUACAUGCAUCACUACAUGCAUGGCUACAUGCAUCACUACAUACACCUCUACAUACACUUCUACAUACACCGCUUCUUUCAUCUCUAGUAUUCUAUAUACAUUUAUAUUUUAAGUGGUGAAUCAUUCUACAAUUUUUUUCACAUUUUUUGGUUUAUAAUGAAUCUUAUCUGUGCAUGUUUUUCUAAUUUCAUAUGUCAUUCUGAAAUGUGAUUAGAGGUAUGUCUCUGCAUUUGUUCACCACAAUAUCUACUUAUGAAUUUAUAUUACAUUUGUGAAUAUGUUUAUGCCAAAAGGGCUUUUUAGCUCGACUAUUUGAAGAAUAAGGAGGGCUUUACUAAUCGCCCCAGCGUCGGCGUCCGGUUAAAGUUUUAGGGCAAGUUAGGAUUUUCACUAAAAGUCCAAUACCCUUGAUUCAAUUGCCUUAAUAAAUACUUCACACAGUUGUUCAUGGCCAUCACAUAAUGAGGUUAGAUAACUCCAUAUUAUCCUUUAUACAAAUUAUAGCCCCUGAUUGACUAUGGAACUAAGUUUUAGGGCAGGUCGGGAUAUUUAUUAAUAACUUCUAUACCCUUCAUUCAAUUGACUUAAUACUUCACACAAUUAAUGACAACCAUCUUACAAUAAGGUUACAUAACUCCAUUUAAACCCUAAAUACCAAUUUUGGCCCUUGAUUUACUUUUUUAUGCCCCCGAAUAUUAAAAUCGCACCGUCCGUCCGUCUGUCCGUCCGUCCGUCCGACUCAAUAACUCAGAAUAUUAUGGACAGAUUUUAAAAUAACUUGCCACAUGUGUUCGGCAUACCAAGACGACGUGUUGCGUGCAAGAACCGUGUCCCUACCUCUAAGGUCAAGGUCACACUUAGGUGUUUAUUCACAAUGGAAUGCUGCAUAUAAGGACAUAGAGUAUAGGUUGUUGUGUCCGGGCUGUAACUUUCCCUUGUAUGGACAGAUUUUAAAACAACUAGCCACAUGUGUUCGGCAUACCAAGACGACGUGUCGCGUGCAAGAACCGUGUCCCUACCUCCAAGGUCAAGGUCACACUUAGGUUUUUAUUCACAAUAGAAUGCUGCAUAUAAGGACAUAGAGUAUAGGUUGUUGUGUCCGGGCUGUAACUUUCCCUUGUAUGGACAGAUUUUAAAAUAACUUGCCACAUGUGUUUGGCAUACCAAGACGACGUGUCGCGUGCAAGAACCGUUUCCUUACCUCCAAGGUCAAGGUCACACUUAGGUGUUUAUUCCCAAUGGAAUGCUGCAUAUAAGGACAUAGAGUAUAGGUUGUCGUGUCCGGGCUGUAACUUUCCCUUGUAUGGACAGAUUUUAAAAUAACUUGCCACAUGUGUUUGGCAUACCAAGACGACGUGUCGCGUGCAAGAACCGUGUCCUUACCUCCAAGGUCAAGGUCACACUUAGGUGUUUAUUCCCAAUGGCAUGCUGCAUAUAAGGACAUAGAGUAUAGGUUGUCGUGUCCGGGCUGUAACUUUCUCUUGUAUGGACAGAUUUUAAAAUAACUUGCCACAUGUGUUCAGCAUACCAAGAUGACGUGUCGCGUGCAAGAACCGUGUCCCUACCUCUAAGGUCAAGGUCACACUUAGGUGUUUAUUCACAAUGGCAUGCUGCAUAUAAGGACAUAGAGUAUAGAUUGUCGCGUCCGGGCUGUAACUUUCCCUUGUAUGGACAGAUUUUAAAAUAACUUGCCACAUGUGUUCGACAUACCAAACGACAUGUCGCGUGCAAGAACCGUGUCCCUACCCUUAAGGUCAAGGUCACACUUAGGUGUUUAUUCACAAUGGAAUGCUGCAUAUAAUGACAUAGAGUAUAGAUUGUCGUGUCCGGGCUGUCACUUUUCCUUGUAUGGACAGAUUUUAAAAUAACUUGGCACAUGUGUUCGGCAUACCAAGACAACGUGUCGCGUGCAAGAACCGUGUCCCUACCUCUAAGGUCAAGGUCACACUUAGGUGUUUAUUCACAAUGGCAUGCUGCAUAUAAGGACAUAGAGUAUAGGUUGUCGUGUCCGGGCUGUAACUUUCCCUUGUAUGGACAGAUUUUAAAAUAACUUGCCACAUGUGUUUGGCAUACCAAGACGACGUGUCGCGUGCAAGAACCGUGUCCUUACCUCCAAGGUCAAGGUCACACUUAGGUGUUUAUUCACAAUGGAAUGCUGCAUCUAAGGACAUAGAGUAUAGGUUGUCGUGUCCGGGCUGUAACUUUCCCUUGUAUUGACAGAUUUUAAAAUAACUUGCCACAUGUGUUCGGCAUACCAAGACGAUGUGUCGCGUGCAAGACCCGUGUCCCUACCUCUUAGGUCAAGGUCACACUUAGUGUUUAUUCACAAUGGCAUGCUGCAUAUAAGGACAUAGAGUAUAGGUUGUCGUGUCCGGGCUGUAACUUUCCCUUGUAUGGACAGAUUUUAAAAUAACUUGCCACAUGUGUUUGGCAUACCAAGACGACGUGUCGCGUGCAAGAACCGUGUCCUUACCUCCAAGGUCAAGGUCACACUUAGGUGUUUAUUCACAAUGGAAUGCUGCAUCUAAGGACAUAGAGUAUAGGUUGUCGUGUCCGGGCUGUAACUUUCCCUUGUAUGGACAGAUUUUAAAAUAACUUGCCACAUGUGUUUGGCAUACCAAGACGACGUGUCGCGUGCAAGAACCGUGUCCUUACCUCCAAGGUCAAGGUCACACUUAGGUGUUUAUUCCCAAUGGCAUGCUGCAUAUAAGGACAUAGAGUAUAGGUUGUCGUGUCCGGGCUGUAACUUUCUCUUGUAUGGACAGAUUUUAAAAUAACUUGCCACAUGUGUUCAGCAUACCAAGAUGACGUGUCGCGUGCAAGAUCCGUGUCCCUAUUUCUUAGGUCAAGGUCACACUUAGUGUUUAUUCACAAUGGAAUGCUGCAUAUAACGACAUAGAGUAUAGGUUGUCGUGUCCGGGCUGUAACUUUCCCUUGUAUGGACAGAUUAUAAAAUAACUUGGCACAUGUGUUUGAAUUACCAAGACGAUGUGUCGGGUGCAAGACCCAUGUUCCUACCUCUAAGGUCAAGGUCACACUUAGUGUUUAUUCACAAUGGAAUGCUGCAUAUAAGGACAUAGAGUAUAGGUUGUUAUGUCCGGGCUGUAACUUUUUCUUGUAUGGACAGAUUUUAAAAUUACUUGCCACAUGUGUUCGACAUACCAAGACGACGUGUCACGUGCAAGACCCAUGUCCCUACCUCUAAGGUGAAAGAUACACUUUGUGUUUAUUCACAAUGAAAUGCUGAAUAUAAGGACAUAAGAAUGUAGGUUGUCAAGUACGGGUGGUAUUUUUUUAUGUUCAGAGGCAAUUUAAAAUAACUUGCCAUAUGUAUUUUUUUUAUCUUUAACUUUUCAUGUACUGACCUUGUUCAUAGGUCAAUGUCACAUUCGGGGGCAUUCGUCACAUACUGUGACAGCUCUUGUUUUUAAAUUUCUUUUGAUUUCUUUUGACAAGCACAUUUCAUAUUCUUAACCAGAUUUUCACAAAGGGAAAACAAGUUAUAAGAAUGACUUGUGUCAUUGUUUAGGCGGGCUGGUGGGAGGGCAGCAUCAAAGUCACCUUAUGUAUCGAAUAUCUAGCUAAGUUUGGCAUCCAGUGACCAAACUUUUUGGUAUAUAGGAAGAGGUUAUAGAGACCUUUCAUGAGAUUGCAUAUGAGGCCCAAUAGAAAAAUGAUUGGUAUUGAAUAACUUAAGUAAGGGUUGACAUAUUGCGAGCAAACUUGGUAUAUAUAAAGAGUUUAUAGAGGCCUUUCAUGAGAUUGUGUUUUGGGCCCCGAGAGAAACGGUCACUGUUUACUUUUUAAUUUGAUUUUUAUUGCUCGUGACAGGCACAUACAUCAAUAUUGUAUUCACUUCUAAGUCAAAGCAGCAGAGUCAAGCGCGCUGUCUUACAACAGCUCUUGUUAUUUAUUAUAACAAGUUGGCUUCUGCACAAAUGCAUGUGGUGCUGAAGUUUGGUUUCCUGUGGUUUGUAUGACAAGAUGCAUUGCAUUAGUUCAUUUUAUCAUUGAAUAUUGUUAACAUAUUGAAUACGAAUAUUCAUACAUAAAUAACCGUCUUAAGUGAGCAUUCAACUACUUGUAGGUAAAAUUAUUCAGAGCAAAACAUUAUAAGCUCUGCUUUAAUUUUUAUCCGUUUUAGUAUAAAAUAGUGAAACACAGAAUGUUGCAAUCUGAUGUUUGAUGUAUACAAUGUAUGUAAAAUAAAAUAUGUUUAAACUAAGCGA